UAUUAUGGAGGUGUUCUUGUGUGUUGUUAUAUUCGUGUGCGGGAAAAUUUGCGUUUUUACGGAGGCUUCUGAUACGUUCGAGUUCUAUAAGCCAGUCGAGAAGGAGACCACAACCACACAAGGGCCAUUGACUUCAGAGUCUGUCAUCCUGGGACCUUUUAGACUAUGGCACAUCAUAGGAAUAAUUGGUGCUGGCUUGAUGGUUAUUACAAUAGCCAUUUGCUGCUGUGUGAAGUUCAGAAUCCCACGCACAAAGAAUGAGAUUGAGGCCGACUUUGAACGUAGGAAGUUGGAGAAAGCAUACCAGACUGAUUUUGGUAAACAAGGCCGAGAAAUGAUCCCUCUACAGGCUAAAGCGGCAUCAGCAGCUAUUCCUGCAGAGCCAGGUGCAACGCAAAUGGUUUUUGAAAAUCCUCAUACGGAUCGACUGGCGGUGCCUGACAGCCGUAGACAUGGUCAUGGAAUCACUGACAGCGCCAGCAGAUAUGGCCAGGGAAGUGACAACGAUCACAGCAAGCAUGCUCAAAGCAGCCCCGGUAUGCACGGCCAUAGCCGCGACAGCCAUGGUGAAGAUACCCAUGGUCGGCACGGACAUGCAGGGGUUAGUCUACCUGGGCAUGGCCACAUCGACGACAGUCACAAGGGAUUGGAACUCGAAGGGGCAAGUCCCGUUCAUGGUCGACGUGGACGCGCAGGGGACAGUCAUCACGGGCAUGGACACGCCAGUGACAGUCAUGAUGGGAAAACACACACCGGUGACAGUAAUCAUGGGCAUACACACACCGGAGACAGUCAUGAUAGGCGUGGAUACACAGGAGACAAUCAUCACAGAGGUGGGCACACAGAAGACAGUCAUCACGGGCAUGAACACACAGCAGACAGACACAGUGGACACAUGGGAGACAGUCGUCAUGAGCAUAAAAAUACAGAAGAAAUUCAUGGUGGGCGUGAAUACAUGCAGGCCAAACAGGGUAGGCAUCGGAAUACAGGUGAGAGUCAUCGAAGGCAUGGGCAUUCAGAGGAAAGUGAUGAUGAACAUAGGCACAGAGGAGACAGUAAUUUUGAACGUGGAUAUUCAGGAGACAGUCAUGAUGGUCAUGGAUAUGAAAGGGGAAGUUAUCAUGGGAAUAGAUAUGGAAGGGAAAGUCAUGGUGGGCAUGGAUACAAAGGUGACAGUCAUGGUGGGCAUGGAUAUGAAAGAGACAAUCAUGGUGGGCAUGGAUAUGAAAGGGACAGUCAUGAUAGGCAUGGAUAUGAAAGAGACAGUCAUGAUAGGCAGGGAUAUGAAAGCGACAGUCAUGGUGGGCGUGGAUAUGAAAGAGACAGUCAUGGUGGGCAUGGAUAUGAAAAGGACAGUCAUGGUGGGCAUGGAUAUGAAAGGGACAGGCAUGGUGAGCGUGGAUAUGAAAGGGGAAAUUAUGAUGGGCAUAAAUACAAAAGAGACAGUCUUGGUGGGCGUGGAUAUGAAAGGGACAGUCAUGGUGAGCAUGAAUAUGAAAGCGACAGGCAUGGUGAGCGUGGAUAUUCUGGGGACAGUGAUAGUGGGCGUGGCUAUAAAAGGGACAGUCAUGAUGGACAUGGAUAUGAAAGCGACAGUCAUGGUGAGCGUGGAUAUGAAAGGGACAGGCGUGGUGAGCGUGGAUAUGAAAGGGGAAAUUAUGAUGGGCAUAAAUACAAAAGAGACAGUCUUGGUGGGCGUGGAUAUGAAAGGGACAGUCAUGGUGGGCAUGGAUAUGAAAGGGACGGUCAUGAUAGGCAUGGAUAUGAAAGCGACAGCCAUGGUGGGCGUGGAUACGAAAGGGACAGCCACGGUGGGCGUGGAUACGAAAGGGACAGCCAUGGUGAGCAUAAUUACAGGCGUGAUAGCCAUACUGGCCACGAUAACGUUACUGGUGACAAUUACGAACAUCGUAGCACCAGUGCUGAACACCACAGUGGGAGCUUACACCGUGAUGGCGACGGUCGCAGUGGACAUGGCCGUGUCACUGCUGUUGCCGGAGCGAGUGGCCAAGUCAGUGGCGGCGAAAUCUAUGAAGAACGUGGUCAUGCCAGUGACGACGGUGGUCAUGGAAAGCGGGGUUAUGUGAGUGACGAUGGGCAGGUUGGCCAUGUGAGUAGUGACAACCAUGGUAAGCAUGGCUAUCUACCAUUAAAUCGGUUGUCUGCAGAAGAGCAUCACAUGUGGAGUAGCACGAGAAGUAUCUCAGUAGCAAUGGGCAAGCGAACGAGUGCAAACUACCAGCAGAUGAGUAAACCUACGACUAAACUUUAAGUUUAUUAGCAUAACUCGCGCGAUUUGGUAUUAAUUAGUAUCCCGUGAUUACAAACCUAGCAAAUGAAUUAAAGGCGCUCUGUUUGGCACUGAAGUGUGUGUUACUAACAACUGCACUUCUUAGGUAACAUGGGUAAAUCCAUGCGUACGUUAAUUCACUUUCUAGGCGUCAAUGGAAAAAAGAAACGUCACCAUCUGACAUAAGCAGUUGACGUGCUAUAUUUUAUAAAUAUAACACAAUUUAGUUUCACUAGUCAAUAAACUUUGGCAUGUUGCUAGUUUGAAUGUUGCCAUCCUAUUGUUGUAUGCUGUAUGAACACAUUUCCAGCUAUGUGGAAGGGAAACCAACAGAGCAUGCAUAAGCAGCAAGCUAUAUGUAUAUAUAGUUCAAUUAUUUGCAUAUAUCCUCGAGCUUGCCAGCAUAAAUAUGUUGCCUUACAUUGGAUGAUGUCUACUUUGCCGGAUGUAGACGUAUGGAUACCGUGUAAUAAUCUGCUAGUUUCACAGAGUCACUCAUGAUAUGCGAUCGAAGAAAUGUUCAAUCAUAAAUUUAGUAUUUUCAAUCAUGAAGACCAAGAGCAAAACAUGAGUCGUGGUCAGGUUUGGGGUUUUCCUUCAAGACAGUCAUGUUGGUGUUACAAUCAACUAAAUAUAUUUGUACAUAUAUGCCAGCCACGUCUACCCGUUAGUUCCUGUUCUAUAGGCACUUUGCACCCGUGCUUCAGUCUGCCUAUCUAGGACAGCGACGAGCGUAAAAAUCUCGACCAAUCCCUUUGCUAUGUAUAUGUGAGCACCGGAAGGCUUACGCCACCGAAAUAGUUUGGCACACAAGAUUUCUUUGAAUAACGCGCGAAUUAGCUAUU